AUUGGAUUGACUCACACAGUGAAACCUGUUCAGAGCAUCAGCAGCUGCACAGCAAACAAACCUUCUCAGCAACUGAAUCAAGUAGUGGAGCUGCGAUGAAGAAAGAAGACGUCUUGAACACUUUGAAAGAAUUAGGUCAGAAAGAGUUUGAGGAAUUCAAGUGGUUCCUGGAGCAACCUGAGACUCUCCCUGAACUCCCAGCAAUCAGUAGACAAGACCUGGAAGGAGCAAAUAUUCUCGGCGUUGUGGACUUGAUCGUGCAGACUUACACAUAUGAUCGAUGCAGGGAGGUGAUCUGCAUGGUCUUAGAGAAAAUAAAAAGAAAUGAGCUGCGGAACAAAUGGUUAAAAGAUUGAAUGGGAGAGACGGAGGCUGAAGUUCAGGAGAUGAUCCAGGAGAGACGACUGAAGAUCCAGGAGAUCAGAGAGUCGGUGAAGGUCAGUAGAGAUGCUGCAGACASAGAGAAAGCAGAAGGUGUUCAGGUCUUCUCGGCUCUGAUGGAGUCUGCUGAGAGAGGCCUGAAGGAGCUCCUCAAGGAGAUCCAAGACAAACUGGAAGCUACAGAGAAACAGGCUGAAGACUUCAUCAGAGAUCUGGAGCAGGAGAUCUCUGAGCUGAAGAAGAGGAGCUCUGAGGUGAAGCAGCUCUCACAGGAUGAAGAUCCCCUCCACCUCCUCCAAAGCUUCUCCUCCCUGAAAGAUGCUCCACCCACCAAGACCUGGACAGAGGUCAGAGUUCAUCCACUAUCAUAUGAGGAGAAUAUGGUGAGAGCUAUGGCUCUGUUUGAGCAGAAUAAGGAGAAGAUAUUGGAGCUGAAGAGGAUCCAGCAGUUUGCAGUGGAUGUGACUCUGGAUCCUGAUUCGGCUCAUCCUAAACUCAUCCUGUCUGAUGAUGGGAAACAGGUGAAACAUGGAGAUGUGAGGAAGAAUCUUCCAGACAAUCCAGAGAGAUUUUCUAAGUGUGUGAAUGUUUUAGGACGACAGAGUUUCUCCUCAGGCAGAUUUUACUUUGAGGUUCAGGUUAAAGGAAAGACUAAAUGGGAUAUAGGAGUGGCCAGAGAGUCCAUCAAGAGGAAAGAAUUUAAACCACUGAGUCCUCAGAAAGGUUACUGGAUUGUUAUAUUGAGAAAUGGAAAUGAGUAUUCAGCUGCUGUUGGAUCUCUAAUCCGUCUUUAUUGUCAUCCUGGUCCAGAGAAGGUCGGGGUGUUUGUGGAUUAUGAUCAGGGUCUGGUCUCCUUCUAUGAUGUAGAUGCUGCAGCUCUGAUCUACUCCUUUCCUGAUUGCGACUUCAUGGAGAAACUCUACCCGUACUUUGGUCCUUGUCUUAACGAUGGAGGUAAAAACUCUGCUCCUCUGGUCAUCUGUCCUGUUGGUCAGGCUCGUUGUUGAUCUGAUGAAAUGAUGAAUAAAUCUGCAUGACUGUGGUUGAAGUCCUGAUGGAGAAAUGAGCUUGGAAACGUUCUUAGCAGGAAGUCAACAGUUCAGUUGACAGCUGGAUUAUUUGCUGCAGCUACUUCUUCUCUGCUCUGAACACUUUCAGUUUUUGAUCAGAUAAAUAGAGCAGAACCCACAGGUAGAGGACUCAGUCCUCUAUAUGGUCGUCACAGGUUCGAGUCCCAGCCUGAUGACCUUUUGCCGCAUGUGUUUCCCUCUUUCAUUAUCCACUUUCCUGUGUUGUCAGACUGGAGAAAACAAA